UGUAUGCGCAUGUGUAAGUGUGUGUGGUGUGUGUGUGUGUGUGUAAAGGCAGGAGGACUGUCACAAAGUUUGGGGCCAGCCUGACCUAGGCUUGUUUCCCAAAAUUUCAGCCCAGCCAGGGCUACAUAGGUGACAUAGUAAUAUACAUUUAAUAAAAAUCAGCAGCUGGAGAAAGUGAAAGUGACUCUCCUUUUCCCAGGAAUUCUUUCCCCACCAAGCAGGACUCUGACGCUGUCAGAUAACCCCAACAGGCGUGAACAGUAUUGUUGAGUGGUGGUGGCCCCCAGACAGAAACCCUGGCCUGUGUGUCUUCCAGACAGCUCUUUGUACCCUUUCUAGACAGCCCCUCCUCGGGGGCUCAGGGCCUUGUCUGGUGUUGAGCUCCCAGGAGGUCCCAGGGGUGUGACCUUUCUUGUCCUUCCUCCCUGCCCCCCACCCCAGGGCCAGCUAUAAAGAAAGCCAGCACUAGCUCUCAGCAGGCCAUCUAGGACCCAAGAGCUUUUCGGGGCACUUUAGGGACCACAUACCCAAUAUCCACAGUUCCUCCUGGGCAGCACCAUGCAGUCCCUGUGGCUUUGCUGGGUCCUAGGGGUGCUGCCCCUGGCUGGCCAUGGGGCAGCUGUGACCGAGGAGCAGGUCCUGGUCAGGCUACUGCAGCAGCUGAAGCUCAGCCAGGCUCCCAUCCUGGACAGGGUGGACGUGGAGGGGAUGGCCAUCCCUGCCCACGUGAAGGCCCAGUAUGUGACCCUGCUACAGCGAAGCCAUGCUGACCGCUCCCGAGGCAAGAGGUUCAGCCAGAAUUUCAGAGAGGUGGCAGGCAGGUUCCUGGUGUCCGAGACCUCCACACAUUUGCUAGUGUUUGGCAUGGAGCAGCGGCUGCCGCCUAAUAGCGAGCUGGUGCAGGCUGUGCUGCGGCUGUUCCAGGAGCCGGUCCCCAGAACUGCUCUGCGGAGGCACGAGAGGCUGUCCCCACACAGUGCCCGGGCUCGGGUCACCAUUGAGUGGCUGAGAGUUCGUGAAGAUGGCUCCAAUCGCACCGCCCUCAUCGACUCCAGGCUCGUGUCCAUCCACGAGAGCGGCUGGAAGGCCUUCGACGUGACGGAGGCAGUGAACUUCUGGCAGCAGCUGAGUCGGCCGAGGCAGCCACUGCUGCUGCAGGUGUCAGUGCAGAGGGAGCAUCUGGGCCCGGGGACGUGGAACGCACACAAGUUGGUCCGUUUUGCUGCUCAAGGGGCGCCGGGCAACGAGGGGCGGGGCGAGCCCCAGCUGGAGCUGCACACGCUGGACCUCAAGGACUACGGAGCUAAAGGCAACUGUAACCCUGAGUCCCCAGUGACAGAAGGCACCAGAUGCUGUCGCCAAGAGAUGUACCUUGACCUGCAGGGGAUGAAGUGGGCUGAGAACUGGGUUUUGGAACCCCCAGGGUUUCUGGUCUAUGAGUGUGUGGGCAGCUGCCUGCAGCCACCAGAAUCCCUGACCAUCAAGUGGCCGUUUCUGGGGCCACGGCAGUGCGUUGCCUCAGAGACGACCUCCCUGCCCAUGAUUGUCAGCACGAAGGUGGGAGGCAGGACCAGGCCCCAAGUGGUCAGCCUGCCCAACAUGAGGGUGCAGGAGUGUAGCUGUGCCUCUGACGGGGCUCUCAUACCCAGGGGGAUCGAUCUGUAGUCCCUGCACAGCCACGCUUUGACACUUAGUGAGUUAACUUGUCCUGACUCAGUGCCCACAUUUCACCUUUGCCCCACAGUCUUCCCUGUCAUGGCUGCCUUAUCCAUCACCCAGUCUAAGCACUUACAUGAGUGAAUACUGUCAUCCCACCCGACACCCUGGCCCACUUAGCAGAGGACAUGGCGGCGGACAGGUUGCCAGCUGAAUCUGUUUUCUGGCCAAUUCUCAGCUAAUUGUGCAACAGAACCCUAUGGAGCAGGGGAAUCCUCUAAUUUACUCUAUCACGUGGUGAUAUUUAAAUUCAUUUAAACCAAACAAAGCAAGCAGAAAAAUCCCAGACAGCCCCAGAUAGGAGGAUAUCUAAAAAAGAGCCUCCUCAGUACUAUCACAUUCUAGACUCUCUUAUUUCCUUUGGGGCAGGGUCUCAAUAUGUAGCUCAGAAUGGCCUCAAACUCAAAUACACCUCUCUCUGCCUCCCAAGUGCUGAGUUAAAGGCAUGCGCCACCAUAUUCUGCCCCUUCUAGAUGUUUAAAAACACACCGUGGCCAGGCGGUAGUGGUGCAAUCUUUUAAUCCCAGCACUCAGGAGACAGAGACAGGAGGAUCUCUGAGUUUAAGGCCAGGCCGGUCUACAGAGCUAGU